AUGGCCGAGAACGCGCGGGUCAUAUUUCACGUUUCUUCCGGCGAAGUUUGGGUGCACAGUAACGGGAAAACAGCGCGCGCAGUGGAUUCCAAUGGCCAAGCCGCCACUUGGCCGCCAGAUUCACUCUCCAACCUCAUCACUGGAAUCGUCGUAGAACCAACACUGGAAGGAGAAUUCAAGAUUGACGCUGUCAUUUGCGAUGUGCAGCCAUUAUUACCUUCUGGCGGAGAUUCUGACGCAUGGUCGACGCAGAAGUUCGAAUUUCAGCAAGCAAAAUCAAUCACGAAUCCCGGGGAAUACUUGGACGCGUGCUCGUUGGGGCGUUUUUUAUUGCUGUAUAAGAAACGAGUUUACGAUUUCCGAUCAGUUCAUGACUUCUUCCGCAAUGAAAUCUCAAUUGGAACGCGGAUUAACUGGCGGCCGUUCUUGGAGGCCGAAGAAGCUCAAGGGACCCUUUCGGCUCUCAAAAUUGCCGAAUUAGACAUAGAUGAUGAAACGGAGAAUUUUAGAAUCCCAUGCGAAAGUUCUCAAGAAAUCAAACUCGUUUCCGAUGGAACACAAACUUCAACUGAGCAUUUUCUGGCCAUAUCCAAGGCAGUAGAAACAUCCUUGUCCGCGAUGAAUAUUCAGGCUGCGAAGACAGGAUUGCUCGCUGGAGCAGGAGAAAAUUACGUGAGCUUGUCUACCAGGUCGGACUUCAGACCAGUUUCAAGAUCUUUAGCUGGACAAACUCAAGAAUCCUCAAGUUCUAUUCAGCAAGUAUCAAGUCGUCGUUUGCUUCUCAGUCUUCAUCUGAAGCCUCCGAUUGAGAAUGGAUGCAAGUUCCUGAUCCGUGAACUUUGUGACAGGUAUUGCGAAUGCACAAGACAAAAACGUCAUCAAACCAGAGCCAUGACACCAGUACCAUGGCCAAGAACCAAACCAAAAGACACAUCACGUACCUCAGUUAUCUAUUAUGUCACUCCCGACGAAACUCUGUCGCCACAAACGUCGCUAGAAACGAAGAUACCCUCAUCAGCUGAAGAUCAAGUUACUGUGAAAGACGAAACGACAAUUUCACUGAUGCCUGAAGCAGAAACUUGCAGCGACAGUGGCGUGAAAUCUGGUUCACACCUCUGUUGCCAAACACUGGAAACACACUCUGGUUCACACAUCUGUUGCCAAACUGGAACGGAUACGGAGUCCUUCAAAAUCCCCGCACAACCUCAGCGUAGUGACAGUGUAUCAGCGGCAUUUGGAUUCACAAGCGUCGCGGAUCACUUCACUGGAAGCACUCUGAGAUCACAGCCAAAAAUAGAGAAAAGAGUUUCGAUCAUAUCUCAACCAGAAAAAACUGGACCUGCACGGAAUAUACUGCGACCAACAGUCUCCGAUCCUUGCUUGGACAACAAUGCAACUAAUCUCUGGGCUGCGUUGGCUAGAGAAGCAGGAUCAGGACGGUCAACAUCUGAUUCUAUAUCUCGUCAUCAAAUGAACACGAAGGGAUACUCAACCGACUGUGAUAACUGCUCAAGGCAUCGGCAUUCUAGUGUACGUCAACGCGGAGCUCAAACGCGGUUUUGCAACUUGACUGAUGAAUGCAUGAAUGAUGUAUUCGGCCCCGAAAAGAAAUUCGAUGUGCAGAACAUUACUCAUAUUCCUAUGCCCGUGAUUGUUUCAACGGACAAAGAAGCUGCGAUUGCUCUCAGCCGAUUAAGCCAACAUUACGCAAAAUCACUGGAAUACUUCAUCAAUGAGAAAACCUUGCAGGAGGAUAAGGAGACUUCCACGCUCGAUUCUGCUAAGUCGCGUCCCAGCUUUUACACACCUCGCGACGAAAACCUGAAUUUUGAACAAGAAACAGUGGAGCCAAUCCAAGAUGAUACAUUCAUCGGAUUCGUCCUCUACUCAUUAUUUCUGUUCAUCGUCGCAGCUAUCAUAACAUUUCUCAUCUGGCAUAUCUUCGAAGAACAUGCUGACCGCACGGUGGUGGAAGAAGCAGUAGGGAAGGCAGCUGAACCCAUAGUGAAGACGAUUACUCGUAAAGUCAAAGCUCAACAUGAAACUUUGUAA